AUGUCACUGCCAAGGGCCCGAAGGCCCGUGCACCGGAGUGAAGCAGGUCUCAGCGGCCGCACGCACCGCACGGAGGUCGAGAGUCACUCCAGCAGACAUUUCGGCCAGAGCGAGCCCGCCUCCUCUCCUCCACCCCGCGGGCCGGCGCUGCUUGCGCUGAACAGCUCAGAUCUUCCGUUUCCUUGGACGGACACUCCUGAUGCCGUGACACCUGCAGCUCUCCCGAAGGCGGUGCUCAGCCUCCAGCCCCCGUGGAUCAACUUGCUCCAGGAGGACAACGUGACUCUGAGCUGCCAGGGGCCCCACGCGCCUGGGAACAGCCCCACCCGCUGGUUCCACAAUGGGAACCCCAUCCCGGCCCAGGUCCAGCCCAGCUACCGCCUCCAGGUGAGCAGCAAUGACAGUGGAAACUACAGCUGCCAGACGGACCAGACCAGCCUCAGUGACCCCGUGCAUCUGGACGUGGUUUCCGACUGGGUGCUGCUCCAGACCCCUCGCCUGGUGUUCCAGGCCGGGGAGACCAUCAAGCUGAGGUGCCACAGCUGGAGGAACAAGCCUCUGCACAAGGUCAUAUUCUACCAGAAUGGAAAAGCCAAGAUGUUUUCCUACCAGAAUUCCAGCUUCUCCAUCCCAGAAGCCAACGCCAGCCACAGUGGCGAGUACCACUGCCUGGGAAUCAUAGGGAACACGAAACGCGUGUCACAGCCUGUGACUAUCACCAUGCAAGGGCCCAGCUCUGGCAGCACUUUCCUGGUGAUGCUCGUGCUGUUUGUGCUGAUCGGCAUCGCUUCUGUGGCAGUGAUCACGGCCAUGGUGGUCUGCUUCCGCCGGCGGCUACGGCAUGUUACAGGAAGCCCUGAGCACAGGGAAAAGGGAGAGGCUGCACCUGAGAAACCAGCCAACGUCACUAAUGCUGAAGAGGCUGCCCAAAAGGAGGAGGAGAACACAAUCACCUACUCACUCCUGCUGUAUCCGGACGCUCAGGAGCAAAAGCCUGAGCCCAAUGAGUACCAGAACAUGUAGUCCGCCUCCCCACCCUCAUCUGGGACGACUGCGACAUGCAGGGCAGCCAGAGGGGCCAGUCUGGCCUCCGGGAGGGGAGGAGGAGGCUGCUGUGCUUCCAGAGGACGAGGACUCGUCCACCCUGAUCCGUGUACAUCCUGAGGCCCCUGUCCUGAAAGUGCACACCACGCGUCCCAGGUGCCUGGCGGGCUGACCCCUGGGCCUCAGCACUUCUCACCAUCAAGACUCCACUGUCACAUCCUGAUUCCUCUGUAGCCACACAGGAAAUGCUCACGUUACAGGUCGCACGAGAAGAAUUGUGUAAAUAGACAUGAUCGCAGAAAUGUUGAAGCCCACUAACCCAUCUCAUUAAAGUAGCUGUUUCAGGGGACGGGCUCUGCUGCUCUUUUCUUUCUUCACCUUUCGUGUACAGACUAUGUGUUGCUUUUAUAAUAAAACUCUGUGAUGAUGACAUUCC